CCCGCUUCUCUCCAGGCUCCAACACCAGGCGGGACAUUUCAGAAGUCAGAUGUUCCAUCCCUCUGCCGCAGUCCGAACAGAUGGAAGGGUUUUCAGAGUCGAGGGGAUCCUCCCCAGUGCCAGGCAAGCUUGUUAGUCUGAGCAGUCUCAAACUUCUGCCAGAUUUGCGCUCAACAACUCUAGCCUAUGCUCCCUUUUUCCAACCCACACCCGCAGAGAGGGGAAAUUGAGUCACUACAAGGCCGGGACCUGGGGGCUCUGGCCGGAUCCAUGGGGGCAGCAAGCUGCGAGGAUGAGGAGCUGGAAUUUAAGCUGGUGUUCGGGGAGGAAAAGGAGACCCCCCCGCUGGGCCCGGGGGGGUCGGGGGAAGAACUGGACUCAGAGGACGCCCCACUAUGCUGCCGUCUGGCCCUGGGAGAGCCCCCGCCCUACGGCGCUGCUCCCAUUGGCAUUCCCCGGCCUCCACCCCCUCGGCCUGGCAUGCACUCGCCACCGCCGCGCCCGGCCCCCUCACCUGGCACCUGGGAGAGCCAACCCGCCCGGUCGGUGAGACUGGGGGGGCCGGGCGGGGCCUCUGGGGGAACUGGGGGCGGCCGGGUUUUCGAGUGCCCCAGCAUCCGCAUCACCUCCAUCUCUCCCACGUCUGACCUGCCGGCUCCGUUAGAGGACAACCUCGACGCCUGGGGGGACGGCUCUCCCAGAGAUUACCUCCCACCAGAAGGCUUUGGGGGCUACCGAGAGGCAGGGGGUCAGGGCGGGGGGCCUUUCUUCAGCCCGAGCCCCGGUAGCAGCAGCUUGUCCUCGUGGAGCUUCUUUUCGGAUGCGUCGGACGAGGCAGCCCUAUAUGCGGCCUGCGACGAGGUGGAGUCUGAGUUAAAUGAGGCGGCCUCCCGCUUUGGCCUGGGCUCUCCGCUGCCCUCGCCCCGGGCCUCUCCUAGGCCAUGGACCCCUGAGGAUCCCUGGAGCCUGUACGGCCGGAGCCCAGGAACCCGGGGGCCAGAGGAUAGCUGGCUACUCCUCAGCACUCCAGGGCCAACUCCAGCAUCCCCUCGACCUGCCUCUCCGUGCGGCAAGAGGCGCUAUUCCAGCUCGGGAACCCCGUCUUCAGCCUCCCCAGCUCUGUCCCGCCGCGGCAGCCUGGGGGAAGAGGGUCCUGAGCCACCUCCACCACCCCCAUUGCCUUUGACCCGGGACCCUGGCUCACCUGGCCCUUUUGACUAUGUGGGUGCCCCACCGGCUGAGAGCAUCCCCCAAAAGACCCGGCGGACUUCCAGCGAGCAGGCAGCGGCCUUGCCUCGGCCAGAGGAGCCUGCCCCAUGCAAUGGGAAGCUGCCUUCGGGAGCAGAGGAUGCUGCUGCCCCUUCUGUGGGGCCCCGGAAGGAGGUGGCCGGCAUGGACUACCUGGCAGUGCCCUCCCCACUUGCUUGGUCCAAGGCCCGGAUUGGGGGACACAGCCCCAUCUUCAGGACCUCUGCCCUACCCCCGCUGGACUGGCCUCUGCCUAGCCAGUAUGAGCAGCUGGAGCUGAGGAUAGAAGUGCAGCCUAGAGCCCACCAUCGGGCCCACUAUGAGACAGAGGGCAGCCGAGGAGCUGUCAAAGCCGCCCCUGGGGGUCACCCUGUGGUCAAGCUCCUAGGCUACAGUGAGAAGCCACUGACCCUACAGAUGUUCAUCGGCACUGCAGAUGAAAGGAACCUGCGGCCUCAUGCCUUCUACCAAGUGCACCGCAUCACAGGCAAGAUGGUGGCCACGGCCAGCUAUGAGGCCGUAGUCAGUGGUACCAAGGUGUUGGAGAUGACCCUGCUCCCUGAGAACAACAUGGCAGCCAACAUCGACUGUGCUGGAAUCCUGAAGCUUCGGAAUUCAGACAUUGAGCUGCGGAAGGGUGAGACAGACAUCGGGCGCAAGAACACGCGUGUUCGACUGGUGUUUCGGGUCCACGUGCCCCAGGGCAGCGGGAAGGUCAUCUCGGUGCAGGCAGCAUCAGUGCCCAUUGAGUGCUCUCAGCGCUCAGCUCAGGAGCUGCCCCAGGUGGAGGCCUACAGCCCCAGUGCCUGCUCCGUGAGAGGAGGUGAGGAACUAGUGCUGACCGGCUCCAACUUCCUGCCCGACUCCAAGGUGGUGUUCAUUGAGAGGGGUCCUGAUGGAAAGCUGCAAUGGGAAGAGGAGGCCACAGUGAACCGGUUGCAGAGCAAUGAGGUGACACUGACACUGACUGUCCCUGAGUACAGCAACAAGCGGGUGUCACGGCCAGUCCAGGUCUACUUUUACGUCUCCAAUGGGCGGAGGAAGCGCAGUCCUACCCAGAGUUUCAAGUUCCUGCCUGUGGUCUUCAAGGAGGAGCCUCUGUCGGACUCAUCUCUCCGGGGCUUCCCUUCAGCAUCAGGCCCCCCCUUUGGCACUGACAUGGACUUCUCACCACCCAGGCCCCCCUACCCCUCCUAUCCCCAUGAAGACCCUGCUUACGAAACUCCUUACCUGUCAGAAGGCUUCAGCUAUGGCACGCCCCCUCUGUAUCCCCAGACGGGGCCCCCACCAUCCUACAGAUCUGGCCUGCGGAUGUUCCCUGAGACUGGGGGGACCACAGGUUGUGCCCGGCCACCUCCCGUCUCCUUCCUUCCCCACCCCUUCCCUAAUGACCCCUAUGGAGGACGGGGCUCCCCCUUUCCCCUGGGGCUGCCAUUCCCUCCUCCAGCUCCCUUUCGGUCCCCACUACCUUCGUCACCCCCUCUUGAAGGCCCCUUCCCUCCCCAGAGUGGUGUUCAUCCCCCAUCUGCUGAGGGAUACAGUGAGGUAGGGCCAGGCUAUGGCCCUGGGGAGGGGGCUCCGGAGCAGGAGAAAUCCAGGGGUGGCUACAGCAGCGGCUUCCGAGACAGUGUCCCUAUCCAGGGUAUCACGCUGGAGGAAGUGAGUGAGAUCAUUGGCCGAGACCUGAGUGGCUUCCCUGCGCCGUCUGGAGAAGAGCCUCCUGCCUGAAUCAUCGCCUGGCAACCCCAGCCCCCUGGCCCCUGCCCUGCCCACUUCCCCUUCUUCCUGGGGUGGUGGUUCCAGAAGCUUGGGGCCAACUCUGGUUCCUCUUUCUCCUGCUUUGACACUCCACUCCAACUAUUCUCCGCACCCCCAAGCUGAGGUGUGGCCCCCCCCCAUCCCCACCCUGGCCUGGUGCUGCCUUGGAAGGUUGGGGGAGGGGAAGUGGGGAGAACUGGGGUGGGUGGAGACGAGCCUGGGUGGAAAGGACUGACUGAAGUGAAGGCUGUGCCUAGAUUAUGUACAGACUGUG